ACGCGGCCUGAGUGGCGGUUCGCGGGGUGGCCCCCGCUCCGGCUCCUCCCCAUUUCCCGCACCUCGCCCCUCCCCACGCUUCGUCCCGCAGCCCCGCAGCCCAGCCGCGACGCGGCUGAUUCGGACUCCCUGGGUUCAAGCUUGUGCAGAGCUGGGUGGGGAGUUUGGACUUUGCAGUGAAGGCAGCAUCCCUGCCGGCUGGGACCUGGCGGAGGGCGUCCCCACUCCAGGGGGAGCAGAGGACUCGCCCUGACCUAGCCUGGCCUAGCCUAGUCCUGCCAGGCCUGAGCGCCCCGCCCAGGAGCCGGCUCUGAGGCCGGGGCUACCGCGGUCCCAGAGGACAGGACUUGGCCAACAUCGUGGACCACAGCUUUUAUAACUGGCUUCUACCAGCGCAUGAAUGGAUGAGGUCACCAGGGAGGCCUGGGGAGAGGACAAAAGAGUGGGGAAAGGGCGUGGCGUCAUGGACAAGAUCCUGGAGGCGGUGGUGACGUCCUCGUACCCCGCGAGUGUGAAGCAGGGGCUGGUGCGGCGCGUGCUGGAGGCGGCGCGGCAGCCGCUGGAGCGGGAGCAGUGCCUGGCGCUGCUGGCGCUGGGCACGCGCCUCUACGUGGGCGGAGCUGACGAGCUGCCCCGUCGCGUGGGCUGUCAGCUGCUGCACGUGGCCGGCCGCCACCACCCCGACGUCUUCUCUGAGUUUUUCAGCGCGCGCCGCGUGCUUCGCCUGCUGCAGGGGGGCGCCGGCCCGCCGGGCCCCCGCGCGCUCGCCUGCGUGCAGCUCGGCCUGCAGCUGUUACCUGAGGGCCCCGCAGCGGACGAGGUGUUCGCGCUGCUGCGGCGGGAGGUGCUGCGCACGGUGUGCGAACGCCCGGGGCCCGCGGUCUGCGCGCAGGUGGCGCGGCUGCUGGCACGACACCCGCGCUGCGUCCCCGAAGGCCCGCACCGGCUGCUCUUCUGCCAGCAGCUGGUGCGUUGCCUCGGCCGCUUCCGCUGCCCGGCGGAGGGCGAGGAGGGCGCUGUGGAGUUCCUGGAGCAGGCCCAGCAGGUGAGCGGGCUCCUGGCGCAGUUGUGGCGGGCCCAGCCUGUCGCCAUCCUGCCUUGCUUGAAGGAGCUGUUCGCCGUCAUUUCCUGCACAGAGGAGGAGCCGCCUUCUAGCGCCCUGGCCAGUGUGGUCCAGCACCUACCGUUGGAGCUUAUGGAUGGUGUCGUCCGGAACCUCAGCAAUGAUGACAGUGUGACAGAUUCUCAGAUGCUCACUGCCAUCAGCAGGAUGAUUGACUGGGUGUCAUGGCCCCUGGGGAAGAACAUUGACAAGUGGAUCAUUGCACUGUUGAAGGGCCUGGCCGCUGUUAAGAAGUUCAGCAUCUUGAUUGAGGUUUCACUCGCCAAAAUUGAGAAGGUUUUCUCCAAGCUUCUGUACCCCAUUGUCCGGGGAGCUGCCUUGUCUGUCCUGAAGUACAUGCUCCUGACCUUCCAGCACUCCCAUGAGGCCUUCCACUUGCUCCUCCCUCACAUCCCGCCCAUGGUGGCCUCUCUGGUCAAGGAGGACUCCAACUCGGGGACCAGCUGCCUGGAGCAGCUGGCGGAGCUGGUCCACUGCAUGGUCUUCCGGUUCCCGGGUUUCCCAGAUCUCUAUGAGCCUGUCAUGGAGGCCAUUAAGGACCUCCAUGUUCCCAAUGAGGACCGCAUCAAGCAGCUGCUGGGGCGGGAUGCCUGGACCUCGCAGAAGAGUGAACUGGCUGGUUUCUACCCCCGGCUAAUGGCCAAGUCAGACACGGGCAAAAUUGGUUUAAUCAAUCUGGGCAACACAUGCUACGUGAACAGCAUCCUUCAGGCCUUAUUCAUGGCUUCUGACUUCAGACACUGUGUGCUCAGACUGACGGAGAACAACUCCCAGCCCCUGAUGACCAAGCUGCAGUGGCUCUUUGCCUUCCUAGAGCACAGCCAGCGGCCUGCCAUCUCUCCAGAGAACUUUCUCUCUGCAUCCUGGACACCCUGGUUCAGCCCCGGCACCCAGCAGGACUGCUCAGAGUACCUAAAGUACCUGCUGGAUCGGCUGCACGAAGAGGAGAAAACAGGGACAAGGAUCUGCCAAAAGCUCAAGCAGUCCAGCUUGCCAUCCCCUCCGGAGGAGCCCCCCAGCCCAAGUCCCACCUCUGUGGAGAAGAUGUUCGGAGGCAAGAUUGUGACUCGCAUACGCUGCCUCCACUGCCUCAACGUCUCCUCCAGAGAGGAGGCCUUCACGGACCUCUCUCUUGCUUUCCCCCCUACUGAGCGCUGUCGCCGCCGCCGCCUGGGCUCAGUGAUGCUCCCUGCAGAGGACAUAGGCGGCCGGGAACCCCAGGCAUCCUCCCAAGCCCAGGUUCCAGGCAGGGUCGGUCCUCGGAGGCAGAGGAAACACUGUGUCACGGGGGACGCCCCCACCUCUGUCCUGGCUGUGGAAGGUCUGGGCCGCCAGGGACCUGGGGGGCUGAGCCGUGGGGAGGAGAAGGUGGAGAGGGAGGAGCAAGCAGAGGAAGCAGCACAGGAGGUGGAAAGGACCCAAGAGGAGGAGGGGGAAGAGGAGAAAGAGAAAGAGGAGGAGGAAGAAAAGGCAGAGAAGGAGAAGGAGGCUGAGACCACGAAGGAGAAGGAAGAGGGCAGCCCGGGGCCAGGGACCCACCGGGGUGCCCCUGCCUCCACGCCCGCCGGAGAGGGCUCCCGCUCCGUCCUGGACCUGGUCAACUACUUCCUGUGCCCUGAAAGGCUGACGGCCGAGAACCGCUACUACUGCGAGCCCUGCGCUUCGCUGCAGGACGCCGAGAAGGCGGUGGAGCUGAGCCAGGGGCCGCGCUACCUCAUCCUGACCCUGCUGCGCUUCUCCUUCGACCUGCGCACCAUGCGCCGCCGCAAGAUCCUGGACGAUGUCUCCAUCCCCUUGCUGCUCCGCCUGCCGCUGGCGGGGGGCCGGGGCCAGGCUUACGACCUCUGCAGCGUCGUCGUGCACUCCGGAGUGUCCUCGGAGAGUGGCCACUACUACUGCUAUGCCCGGGAGGGCGCCGCCCGCCCAGCCCCCUUGCCGGGCGCUGCAGAUAGGCCUGAGCCGGAGAACCAGUGGUACCUGUUCAACGACACUCGGGUAUCCUUCUCCUCCUUUGAGUCUGUCAGCAACGUCACCUCCUUCUUCCCCAAGGACACGGCCUACGUGCUCUUUUACCGGCAGCGGCCCGGGGAGGGGCCCGAGGCCGAGCCUGGCUCUCCCAGAGGCCGCGCGGAGCCCACCCUCCACAAAGAUUUGAUGGAGGCCAUUUCCAAAGACAACAUCCUUUACCUGCAGGAGCAGGAGAAGGAGGCCCGAAGCAGGGCGGCCUACAUCUCUGCGCUCCCAGCCUCUCCGCACUGGGGGAGGGGCUUCGACGAAGACAAGGAUGAGGACGAAGGCUCACCAGGAGGCUGCAGUCCUGCAGGUGGCGGUGGUGGUGACUUCCACAGACUGGUCUUCUAAUGUGGACCCUGCCCCAGCCUGCUCCCACCUGCGGGGGGCGCCACAGCCCACUGCAUGGAGGCCUUGAUCAUCUCCCUCAGGGAACUGGGUGGGGACCGAGGCAGAGGCGCUCUGCCAGGUGGGGUCUGGUGGAGGCAGGUCCAGCCUUGAAGACAGGCCCCCCUCCCAAGGGCAGGAAAGGUGGAGAGGAAGCUUCUGGGAUGUCACUCCUCAGCCUGGAGGGUGCAGAGAGACCGAUACAGAGGUGAGAGCCAAGCCCCUGACCCUGGGCCUCAGGCCCCGAUCCUGGGAUCAGCACCAUUAAGAUUUCUCACCCAAGUGUCCUGGUCAACUUGAAACAGCUUAGAUGGACACUCUCUGGGCCUUGUCCCCCUGUCCCCCCAGCAGGCUACGUGCCGGGGCUGACUUCACAGCUACAGUGUUUUGCCAUCAAGUAGCAUAGCCCUCCUUGCUCCCUUCAGACAAUCCUAUUGCUCUCUAGUAUAAAAAGCAGAGCAGGGUUGGAGCCACCUUCUGGGUUCUCUGAGGGGGCUCCAGAGGCUCCAGCUGGGGUUGCCCACACCCUUGGUACUUCUUUGAGGGGAGUGUAGGUGGGAAGCAGCCUGGCAUGGGGUCAGAGACUGUGCAUAGAGGGGACAGUCCCCCCCCCCCCCAAACCCUAUCUCCCCUAGCCUGCCUCAGUGCCUGAGAUGCCACCACCUGCAUCCCCUUUAAGAUAGAGAAUCUUAUUCUACUGCAGCUAUGUUUGCGUUUCUCACGAAGCCAUCGUCAGACCUGAGGAAAGCUGGCUGGCUCAGCUCCUCAUCUGUGGGCAUGCGAGCCAUGGCCUUGGGGCUGCUGGGGGUGGUUUGGUGAGGAGCAGAUAUUGACCUCAUGUGCCCUGACACUGUUGUACCCUUCUACACAGAGAGAAGAGACUCAGGGUCUCAAACGGGAAUAAAAAUAGGUUCUCCGAAGCCUUUAAAGAUGUCAUUCUUUCUGCCUCAGUGGCCGAGAUGGCGGCAGUGCCCUUUGUUUCUUGCUGUGUCUGGGCAGUGAGAAGGGUACAACCUGUGCCCUCUUGGCUUGUGUGACACCCCACAGGAGGUGACAGUGUGCCACGCUUAAGCGCUUGCAAGUUCAAGGUGAGGACCGGGAGAACCCCGAGGGUAGAGCUGGGACCAGCAGUGGUCAUAGUCCCCAGAGGCAGGUGCUGGUAGAGGCAAGGACACUCAUUACCCUGAGAGGCAGUUACCCAGUCCACUGCCCAAGGAAGUCCUGUUGGGGGGACUCACCCAUCGGGUGAAGCCAGAGGCCCUGCAUCUGGAGAUUUUUCAGACCCUGAGAACUCUGGACUGCCCAGAACUGGCUACUGCUGCUCCCACAUUCUUCCUGCCUUCCCUGGGAGAACCUGGUACAGGUCUGUGGCCCCCUCCUGGGAUGGGCUAUGGCCAGGAGGAAAGAGGGGGGUGGGUAGCCCUCCCUCCCUGGUGUCCCCAGGUGCCAGCCCAUUCUUGGAGCUGGGGAGGUCAUGUAGGAGCCCUUUCCACCCCAACCCUACCCAUCUGGGGGAACAAAGCAGGUGGGAAGUCAGGGACAGAGGCCAUGGUGUGGCCAGGGACUGCGAGGGCUGGCUGGCCGGCCAGAGCUGGAGGUGGAGGAGGUGAGUUUUGGCCUAUGUCCCAGAGGCUUGAGACAUCAGACCUUAGGAAUCAGCGAAACUGGGCUGGUAGUCUGGCAGAGACCAAGUCAUGCCCAGAAUUCAUCUCUACACUCCGUGCACCCUCUAAGAUGAAUGGGUGGAAGUUACAGUUUCCAUUUUCUACAUCAGGAACAUACAUUCCAAGGUAAGGAGGAUUCAUUCUCAUUCCCAGUCAAGAUGAGGGCCCCAUUACUCCCUAUUAAAAUGAAAGGGAGCAGAAUGGCUCCUAUCUUCACGGGGGCCCUGAAGAGCUGGGUGUAGGCCGAUACAUGGGUGGCCCCCAGGCAGGGAUUCUAUGCAGGCGGGUUCCCUCCCCGGCGCCUUCAGACAAGGCAGGCUCCAGCAGCCUUCUCUGGUUGCUUCUAAUGGACUUUAUUGUUGUCCUGCUCCAACACCACGUAAAAAGGGCCCUGCAAGCUCCAGGCCUGUGCCGUGUGUCACCACAGCAAAACCAGGACUCACAAGAACACAUUCCCACCCCGCCCCAGACCUACACACAGGAUAAAUACAUGUUACACAUUUUUAAAAGAGAAAACAGAAUAAAUUAAUAACUUAAGUGAUUAGGCACCAACAGUGAUUUGAAAAAUUAAAUGUCGAUUUUAAAAUGGUAUAACAGGGCAAGAACCUAAGACUGGGCUGUUAGCCCCUUUUCUCUUCCUGACAGACAGUUCUGUGCGAAAUGAUUCUAAAUUUCAAGACACAUGUAACCAACACACAAGAAUACACACCACCAUCUA